AUGUUUCAAGAGAAUAGCUGUGAAGAAACCUAUUGCAACUGUGGUGAAAUUGUAAUUACUGGUGAAUACAUCAAUGAAGAAGACAUCCAUGAACCUAACCAGUCUAUCCUUACAUUAAUUCAAUCUAAUUUUUCGACCAUCUUUCGUUCAGAGCCUAACAAUAUUAUAGUUAACAAACUUGAUGAAGCUGAAGUUAUACAACUCCAAUCUAAUUUAUAUGAUAUCUAUUGCCGUAAUUGCAAAUGUGGAUUUCGUCUAAUUAUCGGCAGAGAGUAUGCUUAUUCUUGUUCAAUUGAUGACUGCAAGAUCCAAACAUUUCAGUCACAAGGUCCAAUAUUAAAGCGAACUCUUACAAGCUUCUUCCCGAUUAAUUUACGUCGCUUUAUUACAGAAAGAUCCGUUGAAGGAGCAUCAAAAGGAAUAGCAGCUGUAAAGUCAGAGUUUACACCUACCUCAUCGCUUCAUCAAGUUGUUUUUCUUGAUGUUGAAGAUGGCGAUGACAACGAUGAUGAUUUAGAAUCAUCAUUUUCGUCUAAGAGUGACUUUAUUGUUGGAUCAUUCGCAGAUAAUUGGAAUUAUCCUACAGAAGUCUCCUUCUAA